AUGCCUGAAUAUCUGUGUGUUUAUGGUGAUGAUUUACUAUCAAAUGAAGCGAACUUAAGCAAAAAUAAGCUGGAUACUCUAAAAGGCUUUAGAAUAGCUAAUUUAAACAUAACCUCUUUACCUAAAUACAUUGAUCAAUUAAGAACUUAUCUUGUCAACAAACCAGUUGAUAUAACCAGGUUAGAUGAGUCUAUCAAUGAUGUAGAGGUUAAUAUCGAAGGAUAUAACCUGUGUAGAAAAGAUAUAUGUAGAUAUGGUGGUGGUGUAGCUAUUUACACUAGGGAUGUUUUGAAUGUGAGGGAGAUGUGUCCGUUUGUCCCGGAAAACAUUGAAGCUGUUUGUCUAGAAAUCAUCAAACCUAAAUCUAAACAAUAUUGCUCACUACUGUUUAUCGACCUCCAAAAGUUCUAA